AUGGAAGAAUACAAGAAAACCCCUAAAAGGAUAGGGGUUCCCGGCACGGUUCUCGUGGGCAUCCUGGUACCCAAAAGCACCUUUCUUGGCAUCCACCAAGUGAUUCUGGCAAAAAGCCCCACCCCCUCGCGAAAAGACCCCCCAGCCGCUUCGCGCAGGCGCAGAGGGGCGCUUUCGGUUUCGUUUCUCCGCGCGCUUAGUUUGCGGGGGCGUGGCCGGCUGGGCUGGGCUGGGGGGCGUGGCCUGCAAAGCCCGCGCGGGAAGCGGGGCGGAGUUCGGAGCGGGGCCGCAGAGACCAGCGGCGGGAGAUCUGUCCUCCACAUUGGACAUACGUUUCAGCCUUCUGGAAUGGCAGCGCCUUGCCAGCCCUGCAGUGUGGGCCUUAGCCAGUGUCACCUGCGCAGGAUCGGCCGCCGAGUGUCAGUCUCUGGUAUUGCUGACGUUAUCCAUUUUUCAAAGACCGUAACGUUGAUCGGCAGAAAUAGAGACGUCGUGGACUGUUUCCUCAGCUAUGCUGCCCCAAGAGGAAGGGAUUACAUAUCCCGUAAUCAUGCCCGGGUGAUUCGGACCAGCGCGUACGAGCUUGUGGACUCCAGCUUGACAGGGGUGUUUGUCAACGAUGUCCGGGUCCAUGGUGAGUCGCACGCUGGCCAGAAGGCGGGCGGAGGGCUUGGGCUGGGUUCAAGGUGA